CUUAUGUCAGGGAGGUCGAAUGUAUGUAUGUUCACAUAAUAAAGAAAUUUAUUAAUUUCCUUGGGUUUAUAAGUGAAAGUGUCGCGUUUUGUCCGUUUGUGUUUUAUAGCUCCUACCUGGGAUCUGGUAAUGUUUGGUUAAAGGGCUCGUCAGAGCCCCUGAAAAAAUUCCGGACGUUGUAGUUGCUCCCGAUCCUUUGUCCAGUUUUGGCAGGGUUGUUAGUUAACAUCCACGCUGGCGCGUCGAGGGGCCCAGGGCGCCCCCCAGGGGCAGGACGACCUGGAGGACGUCGGAUUGGAGGCGAUUUGGGACGACAGGGGGGAAAAUUUAGUAGGGGACCGGUUCAGUUUCGAAGACUCGGACCGGUUCGAGGAAGACUCCAUGUGCAGUUGGAGUUCGGAACCGGAGAGUGUGUGCAACAACUGGAGGGGAUGGAAGAAACCGACCAAUAACAACCAAUCCGGGUUUUACGGGGGUUCUAAAAGAUCACCAGAAGUACCAUCGUUAACCGAACUGGCAGCGAAAUGUGUCGCCUCCCACAUCCCUUUUGAGUUAGUCGAGCACGUUUAUCCGCCGGUUCCUGAGCAACUGCAGCUUCGCAUAGCGUUCUGGAGUUUCCCGGAUAACGAGGAGGACAUUAGGUUGUACUCGUGUUUGGCAAACGGAUCCGCAGACGAAUUCUCUCGAGGAGAUAACUUGUACAGGAACCGUAUGGUGCAAGAUCCGUUGCAAAUUGGGUUCCAUUUGUCUGCGAGUGUGCAACAGGCCAGAUACAACAACUCUCCCGCUUCCACUCAUAAUGUCGCGGUCACGUUUGAUAGGAGGAGAAUUUCGUCUUGUAACUGUACCUGUCAGUCUCCCGCUUACUGGUGUUCGCAUAUCGUGGCAGUUUGUCUCACCAGAAUACAUUUGCCGGAAACGGUCACUUUACGAGCCCCAGUAUCCGAAUCUUUAUCGAGACUCCAUAGGGAGCAACUGCAAAAGUUCGCUCAGUAUUUGAUCAGUGAAUUACCGCAGCAGAUACUGCCUACUGCUCAACGACUUUUAGAUGAAUUGCUCGGAUCUCAACCUUCUGCCAUCAAUUCGGUGUGUGGAGCACCGGAUCCUACCGCGGGAGCCUCCGCUAACGACCAAACGUCCUGGUAUCUGGACGAAAAGACUCUGCACGACAACAUUAAGAAGAUUCUUAUUAAGUUUUGUGUGCCUGCACCGAUGGUAUUCAGUGACGUGAACUACUUGAGCACAGUGGCGCCCCCCGCCGCCGCGGAAUGGUCCUCACUACUACGACCAUUGAGAGGCCGAGAACCGGAAGGCAUGUGGAAUUUACUGAGUAUCGUACGGGAAAUGUUCAAACGGAACGACCGGAAUGCGGUACCACUUUUGGAGAUUAUUACCGAGGAGUGUAUGGCUUGCGAACAAAUUCUAAUUUGGUGGUUUAACACGAAAGUGGCCCUCUUAAGCGGUUCCUCCAGUCACGGGGGUUCCGGAGGGGGUAAACAUAACAACAUCAACAGUAACACGCAUGCGUCACAGCACGCCGGAUCUUCUCUAUGCGACGAAGUUGUGGUACUUUGGCGGUUAGCCGCCCUAAAUCCCGGAUUGGCGCCUUCUGAGCGUGACAUGUUACAUAGUCAAUUCACAACGUGGCACAUGAAAAUCCUGGAAAAGGUGUCAAAGUGCCGAAACACGACCACCUCAUCGGGUUCCAACUAUUACAAAAACGCGAGUUCCUUAAAAGCGGACUUAGAGAUAUUCACCGGGUUCAAACCGGCUAUAGAGGCCUGUUAUUUGGACUGGGACGAUUAUCCCAUGCCCGGGAUCACUUACACUUCGGACAUUAAUCCGAUGUACCACUGUCCAUUCACUUGUUUCAGACACGGACCGGACAGUAUAAGGGGAGAGGGACAGGUUCCUCAAGUGAACUCCUCGAAAGCGGUACUAAAUUGCGAGCCGGUGGUGCAUCAUCACGCCCACCACAGGCACCACUAUCACUCGAUCAGGAACCACCGGUUGGGGUACCUGAACGUGAUGUCCCUAAAUCCGGUCGAAUAUCCGGCCCAUCCGCACAUAAACCAUUUGAACGAACGGGACGGUAAUAGAUCGAGCGUUAGUAGUGAAGGAUUUUGUGAGGUCGACGACGACAUAAACAUCAUCAACCCCGCGCGUAACUUUAACGACUCGGACUCGCAGGAGGGUGGGGGUAGCGACUCGUCGUCCAGUAGCACGAGCAGCAGCAGGGACAGUAACACCCCCGUGGCGUUAAACCGUUGCGGUUUAGAUAACGCGUUGGGCGAUACACCGGAAACUGUCGUCGUCAAGGAUACGGUCGAUAAUUCUUGCGAUUCAGAGGCGUGCUUAGACGAAAAAUGGCCUAAAUUCGAACCUACCACGGACACGGAGGAGGAAUCGAGGAGACAGUCCAAGGACGAGAGCAGCAGCUCGGAAUCCCCGAAUUCCGGGGACGAGUAUUGUAUUUAUUUCUAUAAUAGGUCACAUGAGGAGGGUAAUUCGCCCGAUAAACCGUCUACAAGUCAUGUGGGUGCCUUAGCGGCGGACCAGACCGACGGGAAAUCGGACGUUUUCUCGGAAAUCCGGAAGUGUAACGACCCUUGGGACGUUUUGUUUGCCAGGGCGGAGGGUCUGUACGCCCAUGGACACGGUAGAGAGGCCUGCAUCCUGGGUGUUAAAUUAGCCGAGGAACUGUUGGCUAAUCCACCCAAUCUGAUGAUCGAAGUACCUCAGAUCCCGAAGAAGAAAGGAAAGAAGUCUUAUGUUAAUCCGGCGACGCAUCAGCUCAGUGUCGUAGCAUCGGGGACUUUAUCUAAGGGUGGCUUUUUGUGUUCGGUUUUAUCGGAGAACCCGGAACACUUUCAUCUGGCUUUCAGGGUGGGUAUGUUCGGUUUAGAAAUGGCCCGACCUCCCGCCAGUACGAAACCUUUAGAGGUAAAAUUGGCGAAUCAGGAGGUGGAACUGGUGAAUCAAUUGAAAAGACUGCCUUUAGGACAUAAGGAGUUACAAAUUUUAAGGAAACGAGCCGAACAAAUUAAAGACGGGACCCUAAAGUCUCGGGGCGAAGCCAUGCUGCCCAUAAUGUUGGCCAGUUUCAUUUUUGACGCACUGGUCAUACCCUCUAUAGUGGGUCGAGAUAGAUCGAAAAUCCUGCACCUAAGAUUGCCGACGGACGAACCGUUGGCGUUUGAGGCGGCAGUGGUGGCGUUGGGUUUAAAAGCGAACGUUUCAGAGGCGGAUCAUCCGCUUUUGUGCGAGGGAACUAGACGACAAAGGGGGGAACUUGCGAUUUCCCUGUUGACGUUUUACAAGGACGAUUGCUACAAAAUUUGCCGAAUCAUGGACAAACUACUGGAUAGGGAGGUGCAUCAGUUAUUGAAAACGCCAUUGAUAAGUUCGUACUACACGAACAAUCCACCGAUCCGAAGUCAGUUUAAUACGCCCAGAAGGGAGGACUGCGACAGCACUAUCGCUCCCAUAAGUCAGUUUAUGCCGCCUACCGAUGUCUUACCAAACGACUGUAACAACAGUAGGCCUCACAGUUCCACCAGUGCCGAAGUGGAACAAGGGGUGGCUAAUUUAGCCCUUAACGGUCAAGGGUCGCAAAUAGCACAGGGUGCAGUUUCAAGGACUAAAGACGGAAGGUAUAAAAAGAGAGCGUAUCCUUCAAUACCCAAUCAACCUUCGGAGGCGGGGGCGCAUUUUAUGUUCGAAUUGGCCAAAACGGUUCUCACUAAAGCCGGUGGUACCAGCAGUACCUCCUUGUUCACCCAACCGUCAUCGACGCAAAGUCACCACGGUCCACACAGGGCUUUGCACAUGUGCGCUUUUCAAUUAGGACUGUACGCUUUAGGACUACAUAACUGCGUUAGUCCGAACUGGUUGAGUAGGACUUAUAGCUCACACGUUUCUUGGAUAACAGGUCAAGCGAUGGAAAUCGGAGCAGCAGCGAUUUCAUUCCUCAUCGACACCUGGGAGGGUCACCUGACCCCAACAGAGGCCGCCAGUAUAUCCGACAGGGCGUCUCGCGGCUGCGAUAUUAACAUGGUUAGCGCCGCCGCUAAUCUGGCCAUUUCCGUCCUACCGCAUUCGCACGCCCUAAACCCGAACGAAAUUCAACGUGCGAUCUUGCAAUGCAAGGAACAAAGUGACGACAUGCUGGAACACGCGUGUUUGACCGUGGAAAGUGCCGCUAAAGGUGGCGGCGUUUAUCCGGAAGUUCUCUUUCAGGUGGCGAAAUACUGGUACGAAUUGUACAUUCGACAUACGCCCGGUGGGGAGCAACUCAUCGAUGCCGAUCUGCCUGUUCACGAUUCUUUAAUAGAUCCCCAUGCACAAUUAGUCGCCUUAAUAGAACCGCCCGUAUCUGGCGACGGAGCAGCAACGGCAACCCCGGUGGUGGUUACGACCGCCCCUCCACCAUAUCAACAUGGGGCUCCCCCUGUCGGCAUGUACUUGAGCCAUUACAACUUCUUACCGGCUCAUCCUACGGGAACCCCCAUGGGAUACGCAGGUCCGAUACCAUCGUUAGCCCCGGCAGCUCAACACGUGCACGUCCAGUACCAGUUCCCUUACCCCCCACCACAACCGGGAAAUCAACCGAUGCCGCCCUUCCCGCCACCGCUGGCCGCUCCCGCCUACGCCGCCCUACCGCCCCCCACUACAACUCAACAGAUGCCUUUUCCGAACACGCCCACGGUAGCACCGCAGUACACCAUUCAGUCGACGUCGCAGUACGCCGCCCCGCCCCCGCCCCCGGCCUCAUACGUAAACGCGACGCUGCCGAGUCAGCUACAGCAGCCGCCGGGGGCGGUUUUUUCAAGUCCGCCCCCGUCGGCGGGCGGCGGCGGCGGCGCCCCCCCGCCCCUGCAGUACUUCGGACCGAACGCGGUACCGCUACAGGCGCCCCAAGGGGCCCGAGGGCAGCAUAUGUUCGGACAACUACCGCCCGGAAUGGCUCCGCCACAUCCGUUCAUAAGACCCCACCGUCCACAACAGUUAAACCAAGCACAACUUCGGUAUUUACUGACCGCAUACCGCGUGGGAAUGUUGGCCAUGGACACUUUAGCUCGACGAGUGCACGAUGACCGACCGCAGGCCAAAUACGCCCGGAAUCCCCCUUACGGCGAAGACGUGAAGUGGUUGUUGAGGAUCUCGAAAAAUCUUAGUACGCAUCACCUGCACCACUUCUGCGUUUGCGCGGUCAACUCGAUCGUGAGCCCCUUUGUGCUGCACGACGUGGCGAUCGAGGCCGCGCAACAUUUGUCGCGCAACAACCCCGGCUUGGUCAUGCAACAUUUGCGCACCGCCCUGAUGCCCCUUGUUAAUAAAUGUCAGCAAAUGUAUAUACAGUGUAUGCAUCAGAAACUUUACCAUUUAACCACCGGAGAUUACGAGGAUUUCGUCAGUAUAGUUCUGGCGGCGAGGGCGGCCUUCCACAUAACCCCCGAGGGCAAUGUACAGUUUAAAGAAUGGCUCUCGUCCAUCAGGAGGUCGAAAUCGUGCAAAAAAGACCUGUGGCAACAGAUCAACCAGGCGCUGCAAUCGAACUCCAAAUGACAAAGGCCCGAAAAACCAGGGGGCGCCACCUGUACAUUACGUCGUUUCUCGCUCACCGAUGGCGACACCGUCGACCCCUCGAAUUACCCCCAGGGACCGUCUUACCACCUCCUCAACCCUUUACCGAUCGCGAAUCGCACCGUUCCGGAACCCAAUGUACAUAUUAUUCAACCCCACGGGAACCUAAUUGCGGAACCCGGGCACCUUUUAACGGGCACCAACGCGUUUCAAGAGGAACCCUUAGGGGUGCUCCCCUUGGGGGGAGGAUUCGAUAACAAUUAUCCUUUGCGAAAUUCCACUUUGGAGGUACAUCAAACGAUGAGGGUACCACCAUUGUCCAGGUUGGUACCCGAACAAUUGCUGUCUGACGUCAGCUACGUGGUGACCCCCCAGGGGCACCUGGUGGUACCGUUGAAACCGAAAGAGUCCUCUCCGGAGGAAAGGAGCGGGGCCCCCCUGGUGCAAUGUUUGAGGCGGCCGGGUGAACCGCCCGAUCUGAGGUUCGUCGAUUCGCCCACGGAUAGAGACGUGGCGGUUGGAGAGGGGGGGUUCCCGCCCCCCGACAGCUGAUUCGGACGGUUUUAGGUUCUUCGGGGUGAAAUUGAGGUGGAUAGGUGACCUUUAUUAAAAUUUACUUUCAUUUAUUGAUAUAAAAUAAGGAAGUCCUUACUUUUGUGUUUGUAUCAUUGGAAACGAGUUUUUUAAAAAAAAAAUUGACUUUUUGGGUUACGUAUUAAGGCUACUUUGAACGAAAUUGUUUUAUGAAUAUGUGUAAAAGAGUUGACGAGUUUAAAGGAGUUCUUAUGUGCUUUUGGGUCCGAAAACGGUCAAUAACUUGAAAACUACUUGAGAUAUUCGCAUAAUUUUUUUACAGCAUGAUAGUGGGUUUCCUGAGGAUGGAUUUGAGGGUAAAAACAUCUGUUUGGGUUAAAAAUUGUGGUAGGUAUGGCUGUUUUGGUUCGGGUAGGUUUUUUGCGACUUUUUUUUAACAAAUUCUAACUUUGAUUCAGAAUAUCUUAAGAAAUAAUAGAAAUAUUUUUAAAAGGUUUUUACUCCAAGAAAGUCCAUUUCUUGCCAAACAAUUUCAUAUGAAAACGAUUCUUGUACCUCAAAAACUUUUUGAGUUAGAGGGAAUUUUGUCCAUCAAGGUCCUAGAACCACCAAAUUUGAGGUUUAUAGAACCAAGUUGCAAUUAUAAGAUUUUUAUUUAUUACCCGACAUUUUUGGUCAUAACUUGGAAACUACUUAAGAUAUUCUCAUAAUUUUUUCACGUCCUGAUAACGGGAUUCCUGGGGAUGGAUUUGAAGGUAGAAACGUCUUUCUGGGUUAAAAAUUGUGGUAGUUACGGCUGUUUUGGUUAAGGUAGUUUUUUUUGCUGUUUUUUUAAAUAAAUUAUAACGUUGAUUCAGAAUAAUUUAAGAAAUAAUGGGGAUAUUCUUAAAAGGGUUUUACUCCAAGAAAGUCCAUUUCUUACCAAACAAUUUCAUAUGAAAACGAUUCUUGUACCUCAAAAACUUUUUGAGUUAGAGGGAAUUUUAUCCACCAAGGUCCUAGAGCCACUAAAUUUGAAAUUUUUAAAACCAUGUUGCAAUUAUAAGGUUUUUAUUUAUUACCCGACAUUUUUGGUCAUAACUUGGAAACUACUUAAGAUAUUCUCAUAAUUUUUUCACAUUCUUAUAACCGGAUUCCUGAGGAUGGAUUUGUGGGUAAAAACGUCAUUCUGGAUUAAAAAUUGAGGUAGCCAGGCUUGUUUUGGUUGGGCGAACUAUUCUUUAUAGUUCGACUGCCUGGAAUUGUAAAAUAAUUUUAAUUCUACUUUGUAGCGACAAUUUAUCAAUUGGAUUGAAAUCGGGGGAUUAUGCCGGCCAUUCCAAAACUCGAACUAUGUUUUCUCGAAAAUACUCGCGAACAGUAUUUUAUUGGAUCGUAAAACGCUUAUUAGAAAUUAAUCAGUUGUAUCCCUAUUUAUCUAUCAAGAGAAAUUUGACAGUUCAACUGCCUUAAAUGGCAAAAUAAUUCUAAAUGAGCUUUAUUGUCUUAACAUAAAUAUUUAUAUACAUUUAAAAAAUAUAAAAGUUUAAAAUAAAACAAAAACAGGAACAGGAUCGGUCCUAAAAAGUACCACACAUAAAUAUAAAUAAAACAUACAAUUUGAAUCUAGAAAGUAUUUAUUUAAGCAGUAAAAGGGUGAAUAAACAUUAAGUCUUCAGAACGAUAUUGAAAUUACACGAUUUUUAUUUAAUAGCCGACAUUUUUGAUUAUAACUUGGGAACUACUUAAGAUUUUCUCAUUAUUUUUUCACAUCCAGAUAACGGGAUUCCUGAGGAUGGAUUUGAGGGUAAAAACGUCAUUCUGGGUUAAAAAUUGAGGUAGGUAUGGCUGUUUUGGUUGAGGUAGUUUUUUUUGCUGGUUUUCUUAACAAAUUAUAACUUUGAUUCAGAAUAAUUUAAGAAAUAAUGGGGAUAUUCUUAAAAGGAUUUUACUCCAAGAAAGUCCAUUUCUUACCAAACAAUUUCAUAUGAAAACGAUUCUUGUACCUCAAAAACUUUUUGAGUUUGAAGGAAUUUUGUCCACUAAGGUCCUAGAGUCACCAAAUUUGAAGUUUUUGGAACCAUAUUGCAAUUACAAGAUUUUUAUUUAUUACCUGGCAUUUUUGGUAAUAAGUUGAGAACUACUUAAGAUAUUCUCAUAAUUUUUUCACAUCUUUAUAAUGGCAUUCCUGAAGAUGGAUUUGAGGGUAGAAACGUUUUUUUGAAUUAAAAAUUGAGGCAGCUAGGGCUGUUUUGGUUGGGGUAAUUUUUUUUGCUAUUUUUCCUAACAAAUUCUCACUUUCCUCGUGAAUAUCUUAAGAAAUACUGGGGAUAUUCUUAAACGGGUCUUAGUGCAAGAAAGGGUGUUUCUUACCAAACAAUUUCAUAUAAGAACGAUUCUUGUACCUCAAAAACUUUUUGAGCUGGAGGGAAUUUUGUCCAUCAAGGACCUAGAACAACCAAAUUUGAAAUUUUUAGGACCAUAUUGCAAUUACAAGUUUUUACUUAUUACUUGACAUUUUUGGUGUUGUUAUUUGUUUAAUUAGAUGCACAAUGGUUGGGUAAUUACAACAACGAAAACAGAAACAGACAGAAACGAGAAGCAUACAUUUACCGGCGCAACAUUCUAUUUUUAAAACCGACUGACAGGCUAGACACCUGCGGCGUCAUCACACGGUCUCUAUUUUAACAUAAAAGGAGUGGGAGACAAACAUUAUAUUUUCUGGUUAGGUUUAUUACAAGAGCGAGGGAAUAAAUUUAUGCUUAAAUAUAAAAGAAACUAAACAGCUAUUAUUAUGAAGGGAACGCUGUACUCGUUGUAUUUGAAUUAAGUAUUUCAACAUUUGGUCAUAACUUCGAAACUACUUAAAAUAUUUUCAUAAUUUCACAUCCUUAUAAUGGAAUUCCUGAGGAUGGAUUUGAGGGUAAAAACGUCUCUCUGGGUUAAAAAUUGUGGUAGUUAGGACUGGUUUGGUUGGAGUAGUUUUUUUUUGCUACUUUAUUAAGAAAUUCUAACUUUCCUUGAGAAUAUCUUGAGAAAUAAUGGGGAUAUUCUUAAAAGGGUUUUACUCCAAGAAAGAGCGUUUCUUACCAAAUAAUUUCAUAUGAAAACGAUUCUUGUACCUCAAAAACUUUUUGAGUUAGAGGGAAUUUUGUCCAUCAAGGUCCUAGAACUAUCAAAUUUGAAGUUUUUGGAACCAUAUUGGAAAUAAACGAUUUUUAUUUAUUAGCCAACAUGUUUGGUCAUAAAUUGGAAACUAUUUAAGAUAUUCUAAUAAUUUUUUUAGAUCAUUAUAAUGGGAUUCCCGAGGAUGGAUUUGAGGGUAGAAACGUCUUUCUGGGUUAAAAAUUGUGGUAGUUACGGCUGUUUUUUUGGUUGAGGUAGUUUUUUUUGCUGCUUUUCUUAACAAAUUAUAACUUUGAUUAAGAAUAAUUUAAGAAAUAAUAGGAAUGUUUUUAAAAGGGGUUUACUCCAAGACAGUCCAUUUCCUACCAAACAAUUUCAUAUAAAAACGAUUCUUGUGCCUCAAAAACUUUUUGAGUUAGAGGGAAUUUUGUCCACCAAGGUCCUAGAGCCAUCAAAUUUGAAGUUAUUGUAGUUAAAAAUAAAUUUUAUGCAUUAGCACACAUUUUUGAUCAUAACUUGAAAACUACUUAAAAUAUUUUCAUAAUUUUUUCACAUCCUUAUAAUGGGAUUCCUGAGGAUGGAUUUGAGGGUAAAAACGUCUCUCUGAAUUAAAAAUUGAGGUAGUUAGGGCUGUUUUGGUUGGGGUAGUUUUUUUUGCUACUUUUUUUAACAAAAUCUAACUUUGCUUGAGAAUAUUUUAAGAAGUAAUGGGAAUAUUCUUAAAAGGGUUUUAGUCCAAGAAAGGGUGUUUCUUAGCAAACAAUUUCAUAUCAAAACGAUUUUUGUACCUCAAAAACUUUUUGAGUUAGAGGGAAUUUUGUCCAUUAAGGUCCUAGAACAACCAAAUUUGAAAUUUUUAGAACCAUAUUGCAAUUACAAGUUUUCAUUUAUUACCCGACAUAACUUGGGAACUACUUAAGAUAUUCUCAUAAUUUUUUCACAUCCUGAUAACGGCAUUCCUGAGGAUGGAUUUGAGGGUAAAAACGUCUCUCUGGAUUAAAAAUUGAGGUAGUUAGGGCUGUUUUGGUUGGGGUAGUUUUUUUUGCCACUUUUGUUAACAAAUUCUAACUUUUCUUGUGAAUAUCUUAAGAAAUAAUGAGGAUAUUCUUAAAACGCUUUUAGUGCAAGAAAGGGUGUUUCUUAGCAAACAAUUUCAUAUAAAAACGAUUUUUUUACCUCAAAAACUUUUUGAGUUAGAGGGAAUUUUGUCCAUCAAGGUCCUAGAACAACCAAAUUUGAAAUUUUUAGAACCAUAUUGCAAUUACAAGUUUUCAUUUAUUACCCGACAUAACUUGGGAACUACUUAAGAUAUUCUUAUAAUUUUUUCACAUCCUGAUAACGGCAUUCCUGAGGAUGGAUUUAAGGGUAAAAACGUCUCUCUGGAUUAAAAAUUGAGGUAGUUAGGGCUGUUUUGGUUAAAGUAGUUUUAUUUCUUACUUUUUUCAAGAAAAUCUAACUUUGCUUGAGAAUAUUUUAAGAAGUAAUAGAGAUAUUCUCAAAAGGGUUUUAGUGCAAGAAAGGGCGUUUCUUACCGAUCAAUUGCAUAUGAGCCUUCCGAAUUUAACGAGAUUAUCCCCAAAGCGCUCAACCUUGAAAUAGACCCGAUCAAAAUUCCCAAACCUCCAAGUCCGAUUUCUCAGCCCCUAGGGGCUUAUAUUAUUUAAUCAUCAUCAUGAUUAUAUUAAUUAAAAAUGCACUUGGAAGAGUUUAAAAGUCAUCGGGCUUUUUUUUCUAUUAAUGUAUUUUUCGUAGCAACUUAUAGAAAUAGGUCUGCUGAAUGCCUAAAACUACUUCAAAAUCUGACCUCAGGCAAUAUUAUGUUAUAAAUUCCCUAAAAGUAUGCCGCUAUUUAUUGGAAAGAUUCAUAUAUUUCUUAAUUUUUACUACUUUCUAUAUUGAAAGAACUCGUCCAUUAUCUCAAAGAGACCUACGUAACUCCAGAAAAAAGAAAAACUCCUCUAAGUCUCAGUCUCAAAAUAUCUUUUUAUGUGUCAAUCAGGUUACAGUACAUUGAGUGCAUUGAGUACUUAGCAGGUCAUCUAGCUAUAAGGUCUGAUGAUGCCUUAUUAGCGAAACAUGUUCAGGUUACAUGUUGACAACACAUAAAAAGAUAGUUUGAGCCUGAGACUUAGAGUUUUUAUUUUUUCUCCACUUUAAAAAAAUUAAGUCUAAAAGUGCACCGGUGUCCAAAUAAAACGACUAAUUCAAAACCUCUAAGAGCCAGGGGGGGGGAGUCAACCCGAUUUAAACCGUAAAACAGUUUUUUAUAUUAAUAAUUAUUGUUUUCGCAUUAAAUUCCACCAAAGACGGUUUGAGCGUUUAAGGUAUGUUACGACGAUGGAUGGUUUCACUCGCUUGGAAUGCGGCCUAUUUAUUCAUUUAUUUACUUAUAACGUCGAUAACUUCGCGAGUUAUUUUAGUGUUAAAUAAACGCGCGUAUUAAGAGGCGAUUUUUUUUCUUAGUGUCCGCGCGUAAUAAAUAAAGUGAACUCGGAUUUGGCGUCCUUCAAUUUACAAAUAAGGUAAAUUGAUUUAUUUAGAGGUUUUUUUUUUAAAGUCUGAAAAUCGCAUCUUAAAUUAUACGGGGUGUUCGAAAAAUAGACGCAGAUAUUUCAAUGGGUGCAAGCAAAAGUUUCUAUAAACGUGGGUCCGGAAAUGCACAGUUUUCAACAUACAGGGUGAUAAAUUUUUUUUUAAAUAUUAAUUGUGACACUUGUCAAUGUCAAACCUUCAUGCAGAAAUGAUUUUUGUUUUCCAAGGCACCGGUGAUUUUUUUACCAUAAACCAAUUAUGUCCAGUGGCGUGCAAUAAAACGGUAUUUAUUUAUUUUUCCGAAGACGUGAAUUGACAUACGAAAAAAAUACAGGAGGCGAAAAAGUUGUAUUUUUAAAUGUUUAAUCAAACAACGUAUAUUAAAGUUUAAAAAAGGCAAUGACGUACAUUUUUUUGUCCCCCGGGACGCCACUGGACCUUAUAAUUUUAAUCUAAUUAGGGCUUAAUUAGCCCCUUAAUACGACAAGUAAUACUGCCAAAUUUCAAAAGAAUCGAGUAAAUAUAUUUUUUUUAAUAUUAAUUAAAAAAAAAAUGUAUUACCCUGUAUCUCAAAAACUGUACAGGGUGGCCAGAUAAGAAUGCAGAGUGCUGUAUUUUGGAAACUAUACGUCGUAGAGACUUGCGGUAAAAAAUUUUAUAACUAAAGUGGCCAAAAGAAUACCGUGGGAAAUAUUUUCAGAUUUCCAAGAUGGUCGCCAGGGGGCGUAACCUCCAUCUUAAAUUUUUUAAGUGAUUUUUCACUGAAAUCUACCCAGUAAACGAAAAAAUAUAUGCUUUGCUAAUUUUUGUUUAGCACUUUGUGACGUAUCUAUUAAAAUAAAGUGGUGGGGGGCAAUUCAAUGUUUUUUAAAUAAUAAACAGCUGUGACUCCUAAACGACUGAAUGGAUUUUAACAAACUUGGUCUCGUUGGAAGGCUUUGUUUUUUCACAAUUUUUUCACCUUCUUAUAAUGGCAUUCCUGAGGAUGGAUUUAAGGGUAAAAACGUCUCUCUGGAUUAAAAAUUGAGGUAACUAAGGCUGUUUUGGUUGCAGUAGUUUUUUUGCAACUUUUUUUUAACAAAUUAUAACUUUGAUUCAAAAUAUCUUAAGAAAUAAUGGGGAUAUUCUUAAAAGGGUUUUACUCCAAGAAAGUCCAUUUCUUACCAAACAAUUUGAUAUACAAACAAUUCUUGUACCUCAAAAACUUUUUGAGUUAGAGGGAAUUUUAUCCACCAAGGUCCUAGAGUCAUCAAAUUUGAAGUUAUUGUAGUUAAGAAAAAUUUUAUGCAUUAGCAGACAUUUUUGGUCAUAACUUGAAAACUACUUAAGAUAUUCUCAUAAUUUUUUCACAUCCUUAUAAUGGCAUUCCUGAGGAUGGAUUUGAGGGUAGAAACGUCUUUCUGGGUUCAAAAUUGUAGUAGUUACGGCUGUUUUAGUUGAGGUAGUUUUUUUUGCUACUUUUCUUAACAAAUUCUAACUUUCCUUGAGAAUAUCUUAAGAAAUAAUGGGGACAUUCUUAAAAGGGUUUUAGUGCAAGAAAGGGUGUUUCUUACCAAACAAUUGCAUAUAAGAACGAUUCUUGUACCUCAAAAACUUUUUGAGUUAGAGGGAUUUUUGUCCAUCAAGGUCCAAGAACCACCAAAUUUGAGGUUUAUAGAACCAUAUUGCAAUUACAAGAUUUUUAUUUAUUACCCGACAUUUUUGGUCAUAACUUGAAAACUACUUAAGAUAUUUUUAUAAUUUUUUCACAUCCUUAUAAUGGCAUUCCUGGAGAUGGAUUUAAGUAUAGAAACGUCUUUCCGGAUUAAAAAUUGAGGUAGCUAGGGCUGUUUUGGUUGGGGUAGUUUUUUUUGCCACUUUUCUUAACAAAUUCUCACUUUCCUCGUGAAUAUCUUAAGAAAUAAUGGGGACAUUCUUAAAAGGGUUUUAGCGCAAGAAAGGGUGUUUCUUACCAAACAAUUUCAUAUAAGAACGAUUCUUGUACCUUAAAAACUUUUUGAGUUAGAGGGAUUUUCGUCCAUCAAGGUCCUAGAGUCACCAAAUUUGAAGUUUUUAGAACCAUAUUGCAAUUACAAGAUUUUUAUUUAUUACUCAACAUUUUUGGUCAUAACUUGAAAACUACUUAAGAUAUUCUCAUAAUUUUUUCACAUCCUUAUAAUGGCAUUCCUGAGGAUGGAUUUGAGGGUAGAAACGUCUUUCUGGAUUAAAAAUUGAGGUAGCUAGGGCUGUUUUGGUUGGGGUAGUUUUUUUUUGCUACUUUAUUUAACAAAUUCUAACUUUCCUCGUGAAUAUCUUAAGAAAUAAUGGGGAUAUUCUUAAAAACUUUUAGUGCAAGAAAGUCCAUUUCUUGCCAAACAAUUUCAUACAAAAACGAUUCUUGUACCUUAAAAACUUUUUGAGUUAGAGGGAUUUUGGUCCAUCAAGGUCCUAGAGUCACCAAAUUUGAAAUUUUUAGAACCAUAUUGCAAUUACAAGAUUUUUAUUUAUUACCCGACAUUUUUGGUCAUAACUUGAAAACUACUUAAGAUAUUCUCAUAAUUUUUUCACAUCCUUAUAAUGGCAUUCCCGAGGAUGGAUUUGAGGGUAGAAACGUCUCUCUGGAUUAAAAAUUGAGGUAGCUAGGGCUGUUUUGGUUGGGGCAGUUUUUUUUGCUACUUUUCUUAGCAAAUUCUCACUUUCCUUGUGAAUAUCUUAAGAAAUAAUGGGGAUAUUCUUAAAAGGGUUUUAGUGCAAGAAAGGGUCUUUCUUACCAAACAAUUUCAUAUAAGAACGAUUCUUGUACCUCAAAAACUUUUUGAGUUAGAGGGAUUUUGGUCCAUCAAGGUCCUAGAGUCACCAAAUUUGAAGUUUUUAGAACCAUAUUGCAAUUACAAGAUUUUUAUUUAUUACUCAACAUUUUUGGUCAUAACUUGAAAACUACUUAAGAUAUUCUCAUAAUUUUUUCACAUCCUUAUAAUGGCAUUCCUGAAGAUAGAUUUGAGGGUAGAAACGCCUUUCUGGAUUAAAAAUUGAGGUAGCUAGGGCUGUUUUGGUUGGGGUAGUUUUUUUUGCUACUUUUCUUAACAAAUUCUAACUUUCCUUGAGAAUAUCUUAAGAAAUAAUGGGGACAUUCUUAAAAGGGUUUUAGUGCAAGAAAGGGUGUUUCUUACCAAACAAUUUCAUAUAAGAACGAUUCUUGUACCUCAAAAACUUUUUGAGUUAGAGGGAUUUUUGUCCAUCAAGGUCCUAGAACCGCCAAAUUUGAGGUUUAUAGAACCAUAUUGCAAUUACAAGAUUUUUAUUUAUUACCCGACAUUUUUAGUCAUAACUUGAAAACUACUUAAGAUAUUUUCAUAUUUUUUUCACAUCCUUAUAAUGGCAUUCCUGAAGAUGGAUUUGAGGGUAGAAACGUCUUUCUGGAUUAAAAAUUGAGGUAGCUAAGGCUGUUUUGGUUGGGGUAGUUUUUUUUGCUACUUUUAUUAGUAAAUUCUAAUUUUCCUCGGGAAUAUCUUAAGAAAUAAGGGGGGUAUUCUUAAAAGGGUUUUAGGGCAAGAUAGGGUGUUUCUUACCAAACAAUUUCAUAUAAGAACGAUUCUUGUGCCUCAAAAACUUUUUGAGUUAGAGGGAGUUUUGUUCAUUAAGGUCCUAGAACCGCCAAAUUUGAGGUUUAUAGAACCAUAUUGCAAUUACAAGAUUUUUAUUUAUUACUCAACAUUUUUGGUCAUAACAUAAAAACUACUUAAGAUAUCCUCAUAAUUUUUUCACAUCCUUAUAAUGGCAUUCCUGAAGAUGGAUUUAAGGGUAGAAACGUCUCUCUAGAUUAAAAAUUGAGGUAGCUAGGGCUGUUUUGGUUGGGGUAGUUUUUUUUGCUACUUUUCUUAACAAAUUCUAACUUUCCUUGAGAAUAUCUUAAGGAAUAAUAGGGAUAUUUUUAAAAGGGUUUUAGUGCAAGAAAGGGUGUUUCUUACCAAACAAUUUCAUAUAAGAACGAUUCUUGUACCUCAAAAAAAUUUUUAGUUAGGAGGAGCUUUGUCCAUUAAGGUCCUAGAGUCACCAAAUUUGAAAUUUUUAGAACCAUAUUGGAAUUACAAGAUUUUUAUUUAUUACCCGACAUUUUUGGUAAUAACUUGGGAACUACUUAAGAUAUUUUCAUAAUUUUUUCACGUCCUUAUAAUAGGAUUCCUGAAAAUGGAUUUGAGGGUAGAAACGUCUUUCUGGAUUAAAAAUUGAGGUAGCUAAGGCUGUUUUGGUUGGGGUAGUUUUUUUUGCCACUUUUCUUAACAAAUUCUCACUUUCCUCGUGAAUAUUUCAAGAAAUAAUGGGGACAUUCUUAAAAGGGCUUUAGUGCAAGAAAGGGUGUUUCCUGCCAAACAAUUUCAUAUAAGAACAAUUUUUAUGGCUUAAAAACUUUUUGAGUUAGAGGAAGUUUUGUCCAUCAAGGUCCUAGAGUCACCAAAUUUGAAAUUUUUAAAACCAUAUUGCAAUUACAAGAUUUUUAUUUAUUACCUGACAUUUUUGGUCAUAACUUGAAAACUACUUAAGAUAUUUUUAUAAUUUUUUCACAUCCUUAUAAUGGCAUUCCUGGAGAUGGAUCUGAGUAUAGAAACGUCUUUCUGGAUUAAAAAUUGAGGUAGGUAAGGCUGUUUUAGUUGGGGUAGUUUUUUUUGCUACUUUUAUUAAUAUAUUCUAACUUUCCUUGUAAAUAUCUUAAAAAAUAAUGGGCAUAUUCUUAAAAGGAUUUUAGUGCAAGAAAGGGUGUUUCUUACCAAACAAUUUCAUAUAAGAACGAUUCUUGUACCUCAAAAACUUUUUGAGUUAGAGGGAGUUUUGUCCAUCAAGGUCCUAGAACCACCAAAUUUGAAGUUUAUAGAACCAUAUUGCAAUUACAAGAUUUUUAUUUAUUACCCGACAUUUUUGGUCAUAACUUGAAAACUACUUAAGAUAUUUUUAUAAUUUUUUCACAUCCUUAUAAUGGCAUUCCUGGAGAUGUAUUUGAGGGUAGAAACGUCUUUCUGGAUUAAAAAUUGAGGUAGCUAGGGCUGUUUUGGUUGGGGUAGUUUUUUUUGCUACUUUUUUUAACAAAUUCUAACUUUCCUUGAAAAUAUCUUAAGAAAUAAUGGGGACAUUCUUAAAAGGGUUUUAGUGCAAGAAAGGGUGUUUCUUACCAAACAAUUUCAUAUAAAAACGAUGCUUGUACCUCAAAAACUUUUUGAGUUAGAGGGAGUUUUGUCCAUCAAGGUCCUAGAGUCACCAAAUUUGAAGUUUUUAGAACCAUAUUGCAAUUACAAGAUUUUUAUUUAUUACUCAACAUUUUUGGUCAUAACAUAAAAACUACUUAAGAUAUUUGUAUAAUUUUUUCACAUCCUUAUAAUGGCAUUCCUGAAGAUGGAUUUGAGGGUAGAAACGUCUCUCUGGAUUAAAAAUUGAGGUAGCUAGGGCUGUUUUGGUUGGGGUAGUUUUUUUUGCUACUUUUCUUAACAAAUUCUCCCUUUCCUCGUGAAUAUCUUAAGAAAUAAUGGGGACAUGCUUAAAAGGGUGUUAGUGCAAAAAAGGGUGUUUCUUACCAAACAAUUUCAUAUAAAAACGAUGCUUGUACCUCAAAAACUUUUUGAGUUAUAGGGAGUUUUGUCCAUCAAGGUCCUAGAAUCACCAAAUUUGAAAUUUUUAGAACCAUAUUGCAAUUACAAGAUUUUUAUUUAUUACCCGACAUUUUUGGUCAUAACUUGAAAACUACUUAAGAUAUUCUCAUAAUUUUUUCACAUCCUUAUAAUGGCAUUCCUGAGGAUGGAUUUGAGGACAGAAACGUCUUUCUGGAUUAAAAAUUGUGGUAGCUAGAACUGUUUUGGUUGGGGUAGUUUUUUUUGCUACUUUUCUUAACAAAUUCUAACUUUCCUCGUGAAUAUCUUAAGAAAUAAUGGGGACAUGCUUAAAAGGGUGUUAGCGCAAAAAAGGGUGUUUCUUACCAAACAAUUUCAUAUAAGAACGAUUCUUGUACCUCAAAAACUUUUUGAGUUAGAGGGAGUUUUGUCCAUCAAGGUCCUGGAGUCACCAAAUUUGAAAUUUUUAGAACCAUAUUGCAAUUACAAGAUUUUUAUAUAUUACUCAACAUUUUUGGUCAUAACUUGAAAAUUACUUAAGAUAUUCUCAUAAUUUUUUCACAUCCUUAUAAUGGCAUUCCUGAGGAUGGAUUUGAGGGCAGAAACGUCUUUCUGGAUUAAAGAUUGAGGUAGCUACGGCUGUUUUGGUUGGGGUAGUUUUUUUUGCUACUUUUCUUAACAAAUUCUAACUUUCCUUGAGAAUAUCUUAAGAAAUAAUGGGAAUAUUCUUAAUAGGGUUUUAGGGCAAGAAAGGGUGUUUCUUACCAAACAAUUUCAUAUAAGAACGAUUCUUGUACCUCAAAAACUUUUUGAGUUAGAGGGAGUUUUGUCCAUCAAGGUCCUGGAGUCACCAAAUUUGAAAUUUUUAGAACCAUAUUGCAAUUACAAGAUUUUUAUAUAUUACUCAACAUUUUUGGUCAUAACUUGAAAAUUACUUAAGAUAUUCUCAUAAUUUUUUCACAUCCUUAUAAUGGCAUUCCUGAGGAUGGAUUUGAGGGCAGAAACGUCUUUCUGGAUUAAAGAUUGAGGUAGCUACGGCUGUUUUGGUUGGGGUAGUUUUUUUUGCUACUUUUCUUAACAAAUUCUAACUUUCCUUGAGAAUAUCUUAAGAAAUAAUGGGAAUAUUCUUAAUAGGGUUUUAGGGCAAGAAAGGGUGUUUCUUACCAAACAAUUUCAUAUAAGAACGAUUCUUGUACCUCAAAAACUUUUUGAGUUAGAGGGAGUUUUGUCCAUCAAGAGCUAUCAAAUUUGAAGUUUUUGGAACCAUAUUAUAGUUACAAAAUUUUUAUGCAUUAGCAGACACUUUUGGUCAUAACUUGGAAACUAGUUAAGAUAUCCUCAUAAUUAUUUCACAUCCUCACAACGGAAUUCCUGACGAUGGAUUGGAGGGUAAAAACGUCUUGUUAAAUUAAAAAUUGCGGUAGUUAGGCCUGUUUUGCUUGAGGCAGUUUUCCACUUAUUUAAACAUCAACUUUCGAACUUUUUACGACACGUUUUCGAACCCAUAUUCAUAAGAACCUCCCAUUAAUAAAACUUGUCUAAACAAUCAAUUACAAACAACGUUUCCAAUCAUACACAUAAAUCGAACUUUUUUUUAAAACACUUAAUUCGUUAAAUGUGACGCACCGAUGGGUCACACGGAUCGAAAUUCGAUUUUAGAGCCGUGUACCGUCCUUGCGUCACAACACGCAGUUUGACAAACAUGCGUUAGUUAAUUAAUUAAUAUCUUUUAAGGCAAGUAAGUCCUUUUUAUAAUUUAUGGUUAGUUCAAUUAUUUAAAUGUUAUACAAAGAGGUUAAAAAGGAAAGUGAUUGUUUUUUAACCCCCUUGUACAACCCCCUCGACUGUUAUAUAGCUAGUUAUUAUUUGACUUAUAACCGAUUUCUACACAUGUGUUUUAUAUUAUAUUAUAUUACCUUCAA